CCUUUUUGUCGCACGCGAGUAAUCAUCGCUGCAAAAAUGCUUCAAGAUGAUGAGGAAGCAGGCGAUGAUCUCGUUCCCAAGCCUUCGUAUGAAUUUCCAAGAGGUCAGCGAAGACUUUGCCAGGAAGAUCAAUGCAAGAAAGGCCCGAACGAGCCGUCUACUUGAGUCAGUUUCUUCCCCUCAAGCAACUUCAUGUUUGCUUGUGAUCUGCAUCAGCAUGGCAAAGAUGCGGGCCUUGGGCUGUGCGAAUCACAGUGCAUGGCACAUCAGAUUUGUUGUGUUGAUGGCGUGCUGUUCCAUCCCGUAUUCGGUCCUUGGUCAACCCAUGCAUGUCAUGUGACCUACCCAAACCAUGACCAAAAAGAUUUGCCAUCAAUUUCAG